AUGUCUACACAAACUCCAGAAUUUGUUCUGUUCGGCGACUCUCUGACCGAAUGGAGCUUCGACGAGCACCAUGAGGGUUUUGGAUGGGCGCUGGAGCAAAAGUACCACUCGAAAGCUCGCAUUCAGAACCAAGGUCAAGCAGGCUACACAUCUACGCGACUGCUCUCGGACUUCAACCGCAUAAUCGCCCGUGCCAUAGCUCCCGAAGCACCACGAACUCUCCUCUUUACCAUCUUUCUCGGCGCAAAUGAUGCAUGCUUCGUUGGCGGCACCGAAUAUGUCCCCCUUCCUAUCUUUGAGGACAACAUCCGCUUCUUCGUUGAAACGAUCCUAACGCAGGAUGCUAUGUCCGACACAAAGAUAGUUCUGAUUACACCGCCACCCAUCGAUAUUCCCAGUCCAGGCAUAAGACACUUUGGAGACAACGAGGUUAGGGAACGCAAUGAAUUGAAGAGGAAGCAAAAGGGCUAUAGGACGUACAUGAGUAAGAAGAGAUAUGCCGAGCGGAUUGUGCAGAUCGCAAAAGAGUACGACGAGACGGAGCGGGUGCUUGGGUUAGACUUCUGGGGCGAUUUGGUAAGGACGAGGCUGCGGGAGGUUGGGGAGGUCUACGACGAAGAUAGGCUGCCGGGUUCGGGGCUAUAUGGGACAAGAGACUUUGGCGAGGGCUAUUUCACUGAUGGCCUGCAUCUUGACAAGAAGGGCUACAAUGUUUUAUCCAAAGCCUUGUACGAGUCAACACUGGCCAGAUGGCCUGUACUAGCGCCGUAUCGACUGUAA